CAGAAGGUCAUGUUGUGCAAACAGAAAAUGGAUUAUUAUUUUGCCGAUUAAUCAUGCGUAGAUACCUUACAUACAUCAGUCAAGCAAGCAUGACGAAAUAUAAAUAUAAGAUAUAUUAAAGACUAAGUAGAACCAAGUACCACCAUGCUUGAAGGUUUAGCAGCAUGGAUACUGAAUACCUAUAUAGGAGAAUAUGUGGAGAAUCUAAAUACCACACAGCUGUCUAUCGGCCUUCUACAAGGUGCUGUGGAACUUGAGAAUCUUCCACUUAAAAAGGAUGCCUUGAAGAGUUUUGAUCUUCCACUACAGGUCAAAUCUGGUUUCAUUGGUAAAAUAACACUACAGAUACCAAUAAGUCGACUCAGAAGUGAGCCAUGGGUUGUCUCGAUCGAAAAGCUGUAUUUGCUAGCUGGGCCUUUGAAACAUUCAGAGUACAAUGAAGAAAAAGUCAAGAAAGCUGAACAGGCCAAGAAGGCUAGCAUGCUGGAAGCUUUAGAAAAAAAAUGGCAGGUGCUGAAAGUUGAGAAGGCAGCAGAAGGGUAUGGUGCCUCCUGGUUCUCCUACGGUACCUCGCUGGCCACCAAUAUACUCGAAAACUUACAGCUGAAAAUAAAAGAUGUACAUAUCCGCUAUGAAGAUGAUGAGCUGAUACCCAAUUGUCCGUUUGCAUUCGGUGUGACCAUUAAAAGUCUGAGUGCACAGAGUACAGAUGAGGAAGGAACCCCUAAGUUUGUGAGUACCAGCCUAGCAGAUAUGGUAUAUAAGCUGGUUGAUCUGCAGAAUUUCUCAUGCUACCUUGAUGCAGAUGCCAAGAUGCUUGGAGAUCUCCCAAUAUCUCAGCUAGCAAAUGCCUUAAACCCUGAUAUGUAUGUGGUCAACUCAACAGGCAAAAUCAAGGACCAUGAAUACAUCCUAGCACCUAUCAGUGCCCAGACACGUUUGAAAAGGAACACAUCUGUCCUACCCUUGCGUUCACCCAGUCUGCCUCGUAUUGCCCUUGAUAUGAAUCUGGAGAAGAUGGCCUUCUGUCUCAGUGAGAGUCAAUAUAGGUGUAUCAUUCAAUGGCUGAAGGAACUGGAGCGAUAUGACCGGCGACUCAAACACAGAAAGUGGCGCCCUCUAGUUGGUGUAAAAAACAAUUGUAAGCUGUGGUGGAACUAUGCCAUUCAGGUCAACCUACACAUUGUCAGUGAGAGAAACAGGCAUCAGACAAAAGCAUUCCUGACACAACGGGUCAAGGAUGUGGUCAAGUACCACCAUGCCUACAUGUCCUUCCUGGCCGGAGAAAUUCUGGAUCUUGACCAUCUGACCCAUAAAAACAAGAUGGAUGAAGAAUGGUCAUUUGAGGAGCUGAAGAUUUUGAGAGAGGUGACCUUUCUACGGGCAAAAAGAGAAGGAAAACUUGAACAGGUGGCUAUUGAGAAAGAGGUGAGUCCUGUGCCAGUGGCUGUGACCCCGAAUGAGAAACCCGAAGAACAGAAGGGAGUGUUACAGCGUUGGUUCCCUGGGUGGGGUGGAUGGUAUGGAACUUCAGACCCUGGAACUGAGGGUGGAGCCACUAAAACAGAUACAACCCAGUCACACGACAAGAAGGAAAACCUGGAUGAUAGCUCUGGAGAACCUCCUACCAAAAUGGCUAAGACUAGAGGGAGCCUAGACAAAACAGAAUCUCAAUUAGAACAAGAGUUGAUGGAUGUUAUACAGGACACCUCAGAGAACAUGACAUUUCUGAAGAAAGAUUCUGUGUUUGCCAAGCUCAAUUUCAGCCUCGACUCGGGCUCAUUUAAGCUCCUCUGUCCAAAUCCUGAUGGAGUAUUAGGUCAAAGGUCAGAUGAUGACCAUCCAUUGGUGACACUUUUGGAGCUAGAGUGUACCACCAUCAAUAUGAUGUUUGAAUCUCGACCGCGAACUCGGGCCAUGAAGUUUGGUGCCAGUGUCUCCGGUCUGUAUCUACGGGACAAAAUGAUCACAAAUGCCAGCUUCCCGAAUAUGAUAUCACCACAGGUUAAGGAUCGCCUAGCAUCCCAUACAAAGUCCCCGAACUCCAGCUUUUCCUUGCCUCCUCUGCGUCUUCCCAAGUCUCCUGAGGGAUCAGCUUCAAGCGUACCUGAAGAUAAAAUAUUUGAGCUGAUGUAUGAAAAGAAUCCUGUUAAUACUAAUGCAAACUAUCGGGUUAUCAUAGAAACCAAACCAUUGGAUAUUGUAUACAAUCCAAGUACUAUAAGGAAAAUCCGGGAAUUUUUCUCCACUAAGAAUAUGGGAACAUCUCGCACCUCACAGCUACGUCUUACUGCUGCUGCCAGACGUCAGUAUGAAUUUCUGAAAGAACAAACUAAAGCAGAACUGAAACAAACUCUGGACCAGAUAUUAGAAGGAGAUGAAAAGUUGCAAGCAAAGAGAUGGGACAUCAAGUUAGACAUUUCUGCCCCACAAAUUAUAGUCCCAGAAAAUCUUGCAGAUGUUGACACUCGGGUAGUUGUUAUAGAUUUGGGACAUCUGCAUGUCUACAACAAAAAGUUGUCCUCUCCUCAACAGCAGGAAGAGAAACCAAUGGAAGACAAUGAUGAUGACUUCCAAACACCCCUGUCAACACCUCCCAAUGAAUUGGAUGGUGAGACAGAAGAGGCCAAACCUGAGUACAUCCCUCUGGACAACAGCUUGUCAGAAUCAUCGUUGUUUGAGAAGCUUUAUGACAAAUACAAUUUGGAGCUGUCAGACCUCCAGGUGAUGGUAGGCAAGAUGACAGAUAACUGGCGUUACACCAGAGGUAGCCGUAGUUCCACCCACCUUCACGUCAUAGACAAACUCAGUCUCAACCUCCAGUUUGAGAGGCGUCUGAUUUAUACACCUGACCCAGAAUGGCCGACAACAACUUUAAGUGGAAACAUGCCUUGUCUCACUCUCCACAUCAAUGAGCAAAAGAUGCUGGCCAUUCACCGGUGUUUGGAUAUAUUGAGUCAGCCCACAUCUGCCUCCUCACCACUCGGUCCUGAUCUGUCAUCCUCUGGAAGUGGCAUAUCCAUGACAGAGUCUGUGUCUGGGGUAGAUAUCAGUUCACACACUGAAAACCUUUCACUUAACACCAGUUCUGCUUCUGAGAAGAAAAUGAGUGACAAGAUGAAGGAGGUGUUGGAGGAUUCACGUCUAAUGCUGGCCAAGUUUACCAUCAAUGCUAUGACACUUGAGGUCCAGAGUAGAGGACGCCCUAUUGUGGAGCUUCAGGUUACAAAGGUGAAUGCCAACCUAACAAAACGUCCCUACGAUACAAAGAUUGGCCUAACAGUACACAGUCUCCUUGUUGUGGAUGCCCUGCAGCCGUAUGGAACAGACUUUGAAUUGCUUGUAGCUUCUCACAAAAAUGUCACACUAGACAGUCGGAGUGGAAGUAUCCGAGGCUCUGAGGCAGUGUCUCCUGGUUCUCCGAUGUCCCCCACUUCCCCACACUCUCCUGUGGAGAGCCUUAAUGAGUCUGCAUCCAGCACCAGUCUAAAGGUGGUACAAGAGGCUAUCUCCAAGACCUUCCAGGCCCUUGUCAAUUCUGGUUCUCAUACUCUUGGACUAAAUAUAGAUGACGACGAGCAGGCUGAAUUGAUACCCAUAGUAGAGGAGGAGGCACUUAUAUCAAUUGACCUUGAACUCAUUAACGAGAAUUCACCAAGUAACACUACAGGGAAGGGAGCUCUACAGAUAGCUACACUGCAGUUCAACAACUUAGAUAUUAUAGGAAACCAGGAGACUAUUGUGGAGCUACUGAGUUUCUGUAAGACCAUCAGCCCAGAGAAGGACUCUUCAUUUUCUAGCUCUUCCACAUCUUUGCCCAGGGCACAGCCAUCUACCGUCACACAGAGUCCCAAUGUCUCUGCAUUGUCAGAUCAGGGGACAAAACCACAUCAGGAAGUGACAGCAGAGUUCCACCGUGUCAGUCUGUUGUUAAUCCACUUGGAGGAUGUCCGAGGGGUCAAACAUGCCCGAAAAGUUGCCACGGCAACAAUGUCAUCAGCUAAAAUACAAGCAACACUUGGGACAGACCUGGACCUGUCCGGGUCCUUAGGAGGUUUCCAUGUGUUGGACAUCACACCGGAUAUACCCCAGUAUCAACAAGUGUUUAGUGUGGGUUACGACUCCAGUGAGGAAAAUACAGCCAUGUCUAUGUCCUGUUACCAACCGAGUGUCAUGUACAAGACUGCUCACGAAUCCAUGUUUGAUGAUGAGCAGGAGUCGGAUGCAAAAGCCUUGUCCUUUCACUAUACACGUGGCAUACAGACAUCCAAAACUGUACAAGAUUUUUCUAUGGAUGUAGAGGAGACAGAUGAUGAGAUAGGACUUGACCAGAAUAUUUCAAAUCUUGAGCUCCAUGUUGCGUCAAUGUCAUACAUCCAUUCUCCUAGGAUACUUCACGAGAUUUCUUUGUGUUUUUCAGAAUUCAAGGAAUACAUGUCAGUUUUUGCACAGUCUAUAAAAACAGCUGCAGCAGAGGUAGCCAUGGAAAUAAUUACCAGUAAGUUGGACACGUCUGUGAUAGGAAGUAAGACUGUGAUAGGGGAUAUCACAUCCCCAGAGGGUAAGAGAAUGUCUGGGGCCUGUUUAAACAAACAGGCUUCUAUGAAUAAACAACACUCAUUUUCAUAUUCAGAGUUAGAUGAACAACCAUCAGACAGUUCUCCAGCAAAAGUGUUACUCAUGAAUAUUCAACUAGCAUCACCUGUGAUAGUGUUUCCUAGGUCUUCAAACAAUCCUCAAGCCUUUGUUGCCCAGCUUGGACAAAUAUCCAUCAACAACAGGGAUUUAUCUACAGAAGAGCAGGAUGAGGAUGAGACUGCAGGGAUCAACCGGAACAGAAUGCUGAUGGAAAUGCGAGAUAUGAAUCUGUGUUCGGUUGAUCUGGAUAAUGACCUGCCUAAAGGCUUGUCUGUGUCUCAGUGUGACAAAAGCUUCAUGGAGUCUUUAGACCAGUUUGGUAUAGCAAUAAUACACAACACUACGGUACAAUUGGUUGUGGACUACAUCCAGCCUGGGCCAGUGAAUGUUCUUCCUCAGGAAGACACAAACUCAGCUGGUUGGUGUUUUGGUGAGGAUAUGUUUGAGGAAGAAGGCCAAAAAAAUAUUCCGAAAGUGGAAGAAAUAAGCAACAUUUUGAACAUAUCUGCAAAAAUUGCUACACCUCUAAAAGUGGAAUUGUCUAAAGCUGUAUAUGAACAACUUCUUCAGACUAUUGAUAACAUGACCUACAGUGUUCACUUGGCAAAAGAACAGUCUUCCAGUAAUGUAGGGGGGCAGUUUGGCAGUCCAAAAACCAGUGAAGAUCAAGAAUCCAAGAUUUCAGACUUGUCUGACAAGGAAACUUUACCUAAGACAUCUUUUACAAGGAUAAUAUCACAAACCCCGGAAAAACUAACAACAAAGCAAGUUCAAUUUGAAGUGCCUGUGUUUAAUGUAGAAAUGAAAGGUGACUUUGGUGAAGGGGAGAAGGGGCUUGUGGAUUUGAAAUUGAAUAAUUUCUUGUUGAAAUAUGAAAAAAGUACAAGUUAUUGUUCCAAUGUCAAUGUCCACUUGAAGUCAUUGACAGUUGAGGACUUGCUAGAAAACCCAGACUCACCUCAUAGGUACCUGAUCCUAUCCCGAUCUGCCUCAGACAAGGACGACAAGAGUAGGGACCCGAAACAGUUCCUGUCCAGGUCUUGUCCGGACAGUAUGAUCAUAGCUCCCACUCCAAUUAUGCCCCGUUCCCUUCCAUCCAGUUUUCACCAAGAGUUACCUCCACACACAAUGCUGUCACCCUCAGUCGAACAAGUUCCGGAGCCCUUAGGAAUACUGAGGAAGUCCAAGUCGUCAGCUAUACAUGUACCUUUAAAAGCUGGUUUGUAUCCCAAGACUCCACCUCCUUCACCACAGUUGUCAAGGAAACAGUCAUUGUGUGACACUCGAGAUGACACCCUAGUACACAUAAGUUUGCUUCUGGUGGACAAGCACUCUCCAGAGUAUGUCUCCAAAUUUGAUAAGACCAACAGGUUUGUAGAUGUAGACUUCAAUUGCCUGGAAGCUAACAUCAAUCAGCAGACAUGGGUGGUUCUUCUCGACUUUCUUGGACUCGGUGCAAAGGUCCAUGAUGUCAGUGUGUCCGAGCCCAGUACUCCCAGUACCAAGGAGCAAGAUGUCAUGUCGAGUAAAGAGCCAGAACAAGUGUUUGUGAACUCUGUGAUAAAUCUGAAGGUAAAGAGCCUAAGUCUGAUGUUUAACAAACCUGAGUAUGAACUGGCACGAGCAAACAUUUCUGAGUGGUCGUCUCACAUCCAGGUGAGAGAAGGCAACUUCAGUAUGUCAGGGCAGCUAGGCAACAUCUCUCUACGAGACUGCUCUCCACAUGGUGCCCUCUAUAGGGAGCGCUUCAUCACUGUAGGAAAACAGGCACUUGUGUUUGACUUCUUCAAGUAUGGCCUACCUGAUCCAAACUUGGAGAGAGCUGAAGAUGUUUCACUGAAGUUACGCAUGGCCUCAGUGCGAUACACACACACAAACCACUUCCAGAUGGAAUUUGUAGCUUUCAUACAAAACUUCCUUCAGCUUCAGGACAUCCUCGGACAAAUGAGAGCAGCAUCUGCUGGUAAAAAGGUAGCAGACAAGGCUAGUAGAGGUGCUCGUGUUUCCCUGGACAUAGAGGCCAACGCACCUAUCAUACUAAUUCCCCACAGCUCCAAGUCCACCGACAUCCUGGUGAUGAAUCUUGGAAAUCUCACUGUAAAUAACAGCUUUGUGUAUGAUGGUGACAAGGGUACAUUAUCAUCAGGAACUGUUAAAAGAGAACAAAAUGUUGACACAACACAGACAAACUCUCAACCUGCGACCAGCUCAAAGUCUGCCACAACAGCUUCUACUCCCAGUAGUGAAUCCCCUCACUCAGAGACACAUGUGAUGACACAGAGUUUGUUUGAUGAAUUUAACCCUCCCCAACAAAGCACACUUGAUCCUAUGACAGCUGGUGUUUACGGGAGUCUGGGUGGAGAUAUUCAUGAUGACACAAUGCAGAGUGGUCAAAGCUCCUUGGAAUCCUAUGACCCGACAGACCUGUCUCCUCCAGACUCCUCACCAGAUCUAACGCCGGAGGAAUCUAGUGUAGAUGCAUUCUCGCCCUCAUCUAGCAUGAGUAUCUCCUCUCCUGUUAUGAUGCUGGACAAUCCAUUCACCAGAAGCUUGGGAUUGAAUCUGGAAAACACACUGAGUGUAGGAUCUGCCAGUAGCUGUACAGAACUGACAUCUGCUGAGUACCUUACACCAGCCUGUAGUAGUGGAGGAGACUUCCUCGAAAGUCCUCGUCACAACUGCCUUCUAGACAUGCUCGCUGUGGAGCUGGCAGACAUGGAUCUGUUUUCUGCUGAGAGGGUGGAGAAAUCCUCACAUGUUACAGUGGAUUGGAAUCAAGAUCUGGAAUUCACAGAUUGUGUAAUCAAGCGACAGGGGGCUAGGGCUCUCAAAGAGAAGAUUCUCUUGAAGCUUCACAUUGAGAGGAACUUGGAAAACCUUGUGAGUCACUCAGCACCAGACUGGCAGAUACAGGGAGCUCUGUCAUCCGUUCAUUGCUCACUUGAUUUAGUUCAGUACAAGCUCAUCCGUGGAAUCCUGGAACACAAUCUUGGCGAGAAACUGGAGGAGUUCAAACGACCAAUGAUGUCACAUCUUCAGGAUCCUAAGAUUGAGACUGUCCUGUCUGGUAAAGUUUGGAAGGGAAUGUCGAUGACGAUUGACCUUAACAAUGUGACCUUGGAACUGCUGAUGUGUCAUAGUGGAAAGGGGGAUGAUUGUCCAGAGUCUUCAGUGGCCAGACUGGACUUCAUCUCCUCUACUUUCUCCUUCGACAGCUAUUCUGAUCAGUCUAAGGAUGUGGACUUAGUAUCCCACGAGAUUGUGGCCUAUGAUACCAGAUACAGAGAUGCUCCAGUCAAUGUCCGUCCUAAUGUAUUUGAGAAGAUCCUGCAGAAUGGCCAGAAACCAGGCAGUACCAGUACCAGUCUCCAAAUAGAGCUUCAUUACCGGGCAACCAAGGAAUCAAACCACUUCUCAGUCCUUCUUCAUAACAUGAAGCUAAUGUGUGUGUUUGAUUGGUUCCUGUCCUUACAGGAGUUUCUACUCACCAAACCAGAGGAUCCUUUCGCUUCAGAGAGAGAAGCAUGUGACGUGGAGAGACAGAACUCCUCGGGAGCAUCAGAGGAAGAACAGGCUUCAGACUCAAUGUCCACUGGAUCCCGUGCCUACAGUCCCCUCACAGUCUCCCAGGGAAUCAUGACCAAGCGUGGGCCCAUCGUGGAACAGCUGGAGGUGCCUUUUGAAUUUAAACUCAAUGUGACAGAUACCCAGUUUGUUGUGGUAGAGGACAGUACAUCAUGGGACACCAAUGCUGUCAUACUGAAGAGUACAGCUGUGCUGAGUUACCGCCCUAAGGCCCAGGACAAGCUGAUGUCAUGUAGCCUGCAGAGUAUCGAGGUGUUCUCCUGUUCACUGGUCAAUGAGGAGGAAACUGCUUUGUCCAUCAUUGAUCCUCUCACUAUCACUAUAGACCUCAAUGCCAACCCCCUUCCAGAGCCUAAACCCAGCUCUCCGGGUGGGCUACAGGAUGCAGCCCCACCCCCGGACAGGGCUCUUGUACUUGAGGUUUCUUUCAAUACGAUGAACAUCCGGUUGUCCUACCAUGAUAUGAAGAUGUUUCUGGCUAUAUUAAACUCUUUACCUAAACAAGCACUUCAGGCCAAGAACAGGGAUUCACAGAAGACCUCCAACAAGUACCCCAGACACCAGAUCCAGAAACUACAGGAACUUGGAUUUAGCAAGGAGGACUGUCAGAAAGCGUGGUCUGCUGUAGAUGGAGACAUGAAUGAUGCUGCUGUGUGGUUAACUAAACACUGUACACCAUUUCCAGCUCCACCCCCGGGGCAACAAAAUCUAGACCUCACAGGUGUCAAGCUGAAUGCUAAUUGUCUCUGCCUCUGCUUCAUUGAUGAUUGCCGAGACUCAGAUGUGCCAUUGGGUGAAAUAGCAUUCAGUUCCAUCAACUUCCAUCAGAGGCUUGGUCCAGUCCAUGAGGGUACAGCAUCCUUCCAACUGACUGGUGACUUCUACAAUCGAGCUCUGUCAGGCUGGGAACCCUUUCUAGAGCAGUGGAGGUGCCAUUUGGAGUGGAAAAAAUAUGUUAAGAAUAAUGAAGAAAAGACACAUUUCCAGAUCAAUGCCCAAGAUGUGUUGAAUAUCAACAUCACCAGUGCAUUACUGGAACAGUACAGGAAAACCAAGCUCACCUGGACAGAGGAUUACUAUAAACAUAUGCCAACAAACAUCCCCCAGACCGACGGAUCACCACAGGAUCCUGUGCCCACUGCUAGCCAGAGGCGCCGAAUACCAUUUGUGCCAUUCCUAAUCCACAACCAGACUGGUUGUCCCCUCUGGUUCCACACCGUUACAACAAACCCCUCCAAGACAAGCCGACUCACUGGUCCAAAGGAAGGACAUACGACUGGCAGUGCCUACAUCAAUGCCUCCAAGUGGACAAAGGUUAAACCAGGGCAACAAAUGUCAUUUGUGUUUCACAGAAAGGAGAAAAUCAGACACAAGAAAACUCACGAAUUACAGAUCAACCAGCUUGGAGUGAAGGUGGAGGGCUGGCACCGAGUGACCCCAGUCACUGUGGACAAGGUGGGCGUGUACUUCAGACAUGCUGAACCUGACAGGAAGUCUGCCACAGGACUGUCAGGGUUGACUUUUGAGUCAAGUCACGACCCUGCAAAGCAGCAGAUUGCGCGAAUAGUGUUUGAUGUGCAUCAGGAAGGAAGUGCCAGAAAAGUCAUCACAGUUCGAUCAGGCCUCAUGGUCAUCAACAAGCUUGACCGUACUGUCGACCUUAAGAUGAUGCUUGGAACACAGUUUGAAGGAAAUGUUGAGAUCUUGCCGAUACCCCCUGGGGACAGUGUGCCCAUUCCCCUACCUUAUAUUAUGUCACAGCUUUACAUGAAGCCCUGUGAUUCAUCAGUGAAGUUUUGUAAGCAGCCAAUCCAGUGGCAGCAUGUUGGCCUAGCCGGACAGAUUAAAGAUAAGAUUAUGAAGUGUGAGACUUCUGAUGCUGUUGAAACAUACAGGUUCUGUGCAGCAGUGAAGAGAGAACACUACCCAGAACAGAACUUUACACAGGAAGUACCGGUACUGCCUGGUCAUGUGAUCACGCUGAAACCUCCCGUCAUCAUACACAGCCUGUUGCCAAUUGACCUCAACUAUUACCUAAAGGACACAGAGAUAUCAGGCACAGUCAAACCUGGCAAGAGUGCUGCUUUACAUGCGGCUGACCCAAGUCAAGCUAUGGAGUUAGGGAUCUUCUUGGAAAAUUUCUCUAAUUGCUCGGAGCUGAUUGUUCCCCCUGACACGACUUACUACAAGGUCAAACUGAGGUUGUUUGACUGUAAGAAACGGAAGUUAGAGCUGUUUGUACGAAUUGUGUCCCGAAAAGGUGGCUGUGUCAAUCUGUACAUCAUGGCGGCCUACUGGUUGGUGAACAAGUCUGGACUGCCUCUGAUCUUUCGUCAGGAGAGCAGUAAGAUUGACUCGGCAGGACAGUUUGAGGAACAUGAACUUGCUCGCAGUGUUACUCCAUUGCUGUUCAGCUACCACGAAAAAGAGCUGUCAAAUCUGUGUACAAUGAGAGUUGGGAAGUCAGUUCAUGGACCAAAUGCCAUACCUAACUGGUGUCACCGAUUUUCUUUGGAGAGUGGUACUGGUAUGCGGAAGCUGUACGUGGUGCCGAAAGAACAGAAUCGUCCCGAUUGGUUAGUAGAGCUACAACAUCAGACCAAACGCAGGUUUACCAUUGCUAUCUCUAAUGCACUCCAGGUUUACAACAUAGGUAUAGAGGUUAGACAGGGAAAGGGAAAAUACCGAGACACAAACAUUGUGACCUUCGCCCCAAGGUUUGAAAUUGACAAUCAAUCCAGCCACAAUUUGGCUCUAGUACAGAGGCAUAUUAGCAGAAGGGAGACAUUAACAAGAAGUAUUGAUGGUCACCUGACUGCUUUACCCGGGUGUAAGCUGCCAUUUCAUUGGCCGAGACUGGACCUUGACCAGCUGUUGUGUGUACGGCUGAUGGAUGUGCCCCAGUGUAGGUGGUCCGGUGGAUUUAGGAUAGACCGCAUUGACUCCUUCCACAUCAACAUGAGAACCACAGAUGACGUAUCACACUUAUUAAAGGUGGAGGUAGUUAUGCAGGGGUCAACUUUUUUCAUUGUGUUCGGUGAUGCUGAAGAGAUGCCACCACCCUUCAGAAUAGACAACAAAGCAGAAGUGCCGAUCAAGUACUACCAGACAGGCAUAGAAGAUGUCACUCUUAUGUCCAACAUAAAGCCACACACCUCGGUGGCCUAUGGAUGGGACGAGCCAACAUUGGCCCCGUCUAUCUCACUGAAUGUACAGGGAGGAACAAGUGCUACUUAUGACAUGAACAAACUGGUGGAGGGAGAAAAGCUGUACUACCAAAACUUUAUCUACCUUGCUGCUACUGCCUCCUUUAACCGGACUGUUCUUGAUGAGAACAAGCAAGACUUGGUACUAGAUUGUAUUCAUGAAAGCCACAUCGUGUUCAGGAAAAAGGAAAAUGGGAAGCGGUCACAGCUCUGGCGUAUGACUACCAAAGGAAUGUUGGAGCACGAGGGUUCCAUGCCUCCUCGUGAUCCUCGUAAACAGGGGACAUCAUCCAAUCGCCUGGUUCUGGAUAUUGCAGGUAUCGCCCGACAGCCAGGCAAAAUGGAGCUGCUUACUUUGAGGAAGAUAGAUGAACGUAGGAAGUCCACACAGAAAUGGUCCUUCAAGGAUGGGAAGCUGUGCUGUGGAAGUGGUGUGCUCUGUGUUCAGGCCCUUGGAGAUUUCCUUCAGGAUGGUGCUGUAGGAGUGCUUGGUCCUAGUCCGCCGUCCAGCUCAGUCCCCAUACAGGCCCAGAUGUCCAGUCAGCGCCUCCACCCUGGAUCAGGCCACCUCUCAGUCAGGGUCAUGAUGGAUGGUCCAAUCAGAGUGCUGGAAAUUACAGACACCCAGAAAAAGCAGCAGGUUGUGCAACAGAGGAGUUCAGUAGAUGAGGAUGGAUGGGAAGUAUAUGAUAUCGGUGAGAAUGAUGAUAAACGAGGAAAGACCAAGGACCAUAUUGGACCAAAAACCAGUCUUGAGCUGUCCAUGAAUCUGAAGGGUGGAUUAGGGAUUUCACUGGUGAACAAGAAUGCAGAGGAGCUACUGUACAUCUCUAUGAGGAAUAUUAUUAUAGACUACUGCUCAAUGCCCUCCAGUAUCAUGAUGGACAUCAGUGUGGCCAGUGUUCAGAUGGACAACCAGUUGUUUGGUACCCAGCGCCCAGUGAUGCUCUUUGUGACACCGACCUCCAAACAGGAGGGGCCUGACAAAAAUUACGCCCUACACAUGGCUGUACACAAGAUACCUAACACCAAGUGGAACGCAGACAUCUACAAGCAUUUGUUUAUCACAAUGAAGAAGAUGAGUGUUCAGCUUGAGGAACGCCUGCUUUGGAAAAUUAUCCAGUUUAUUGGAUCUGACAAUGCAGACACAGUCGAGGAAAGGGUGGAUCAAAAAUCAGACCAGAAGGAAUUUGAUACCAGAAAAGCAUUGGUAGCCGCUACAUCUGUGAAGUCAAAACGUUACUAUUUUGGGACCCUAAAGAUCAACACGAGUCGCUUGAGCCUCAGUAUGGUGACAGCUAAUAAAUUGUCCUUAGAUCUCCAGCACAUCAAAAAUGCCACCUCAAUCCCGCUUGUCAAGUUUGAGGAUGCCAAAGUUGAUUUGGAUCCCUUUGUCAGACACCAUCCAUUUGAAACCAUGGAUUUCCUGACUCGGGAACUAAUGAUCCACUACACCAACGAAUUAAAAAGUCAAGCUGCCAAGAUCCUUGGUUCUGUCGACUUCCUUGGCAAUCCGCUGGGACUGUUCAAUGAUGUCACUGAGGGUAUAUCUGGACUGAUCAAGGAUGGAAAUGUUGGUGGACUGCUGAAAAAUGUCACCCAUGGCGUUUCCAACUCUGCAGCGAAGUUUGUAACAUCCCUAUCCGAUGGUGUUGGGACACUCAACAUGGACACAAAACACAAUGAUACCCGUGACCAGAUCCGAACACACAGUGGAGGUGGGGGCAGCCAUCUUGUGGCUGGCAUCAAAGGAUUUGGGUACGGUCUGUAUGGAGGACUAACCAGUAUCGUCACUCAGACAUAUGAAGGUGUAAAGGAGGAAGGAGUUGAGGGUCUAUUCACAGGCUUUGGUAAGGGUAUGAUAGGCACAGUAACAAAACCAGUAGCAGGAGUCCUCGAUCUUGCAUCGGGUGCAGCAAAUGCUGUGAAGGACACAAGCAGCAGUAGUUCCCACAAAUGUCCUGAUCGUGUGCGAUGGCCACGCUGUUGUCAUGGUCCUGGUGGCCUGCUGCCAUCUUACUCUGACCUUCAGGCAAGGUCACAAGAACUCAUGUACAAGUUCAACAAGAACAAACAGGAUGAAUUUUUUAUCGCAUUAGAGAAGGUACGGUCUGGAAUGGAGGAAGGUUUGAAGGCUCUCAUCACGAGUAAACAUGUGUAUUUCCUGAGGAAGGGAAGUUUACACCCAGACAACAUCAUACUGCAAGUCUCGCACAGAGAAAUUGUAGAGUGUAAAAUCACAGAGAACAAUGACAGAUAUUACAUUGAGCUUUUCAAGCAGGGUGAUGAUGGUAGUGACAAGUCGACUGGGGCAGCAUAUAAACGACCCCAGAUCCGCUGUGAAAAAAGACACAUGGCUCAGAGGGUCUCUCAACAAAUUAACUAUGCCAGAAACUUAUACGAUGAACAACGACACACAUUAUCUGAGGGAGAGAGAGGAGAGGAGGAGGACUAAUCAGUUGAUAGCUGACUAUCAGUAUACUAAGAUUAAGACAUGGUAGGAAAUCAUUGACAGGAUCCAGCAUUGAGAAUCCUGAACAGAUAAGGACAUGCUAUAUUGACAAGGAUAUCAGAGGAGGAAACAACUACUGUUAGUGAGAUAUUGUUAUAAAUUAGGAACAAUUAAUUCAGAACAUGUCGAAUAAUGAAUUUUUUUCCCUCGAAAGUCAAAGAAUUAUUUUGAGGAUAAAGGAGUUACAAUGACAAUAUUGUUUAAUAUGAAGUAGAAUUAAUUUCGAUUUUGGAGGGUUAGUGGAAACAAUGAUACAGCAUAAUAGGAAUUAUAUUUGUGAAGUGAUAAGGUAAAAAUAUGGAGAGGGAUGAUAAGCAUUUAUAUGUACUGUUAAGGUGCCAAAUGUGAUAUUUUAAUAAUGGCUUGUACAUCGAAUGAGAUGUAUGGUUAGUGAGUUUUAUUGUGAUUGAUGUCGACUAGACAUACUUUAGAUGAACAACUAGUUAUAACUUGGACCAAUAUCUGUGUUACAGUUGAUGUCUUAUCAUUUGUAUGAUUUUGUGAUAAAUUUGUCUAACUCUGUAUUAAGUGUGCCAAGUUUUGCCAGAUGUCCUACUAUGUGUGAAGAAAUGAAUGGAUGCAUUCAAAUUUUCUCUUUCUGUUUCACUGAAAUUCUUGGAUUUUAUUGGACGAUAACAUAAAUUGUAUUUGACAAAAUCUAUGUGCUGUUCACUGUCGAUUCCCCUAGUUCCCACCGAUGUGUACGGACCAUUGAAGAAUAUGAAACAAUAUUAAAAUGACGUUAUAUAGCUUCCCAAUGUUAUAAUCAAAGCAUUUCUAUUCAAGUAACUACCAUUAUGUAUAUAUUUGUAAGAGUUGCAUGUGUGCUAACUUCUAUUGGUGAACAGACAUUCACUUUAAUGUAAAACUAUGUGCUAGAGGGUUUAUGGUCACAUGAAUGACAUAAGUAGAUUGUAUUGAUGCUAGAACAUUUAUGGACACAUGAGUGACAUGGUGUAAUUCUUUGUAUUGUGUGAUGAACAACUAUUGGUGCAUAAUAUUACAGAUUAGCUGUUAGAUUUUAUUUUAGUUUGACAAGAGUAUAUGACAAUACAUAAUCCCAUUCCUUCAUUCUUUAAUGUAUCACUACCUACAUUAUAGGCCAUCCAUUACACGAUCCAGAUGUAUUACACACAGCUAUGCUUUGUGCCUCCUCCUACCAAUUGGUCCAUAAUAAAAACAUGACUUGACAUUUAGUUAUUUUAUCAUACCUAUUUUACAUUAGUUUGAAACAAAUUCCCAAUCAUAUCACCUGUAUAUGUGUUUUAUAUUACACAUAUACAGGCCCUGGAGAAGGGAAAUUGUGCAAAGUCCCUGUGUUUGCAACAUAACUAUAGUUGCUUUUGCAGGGUGUGGUUUUUUUUUGGUUUUUUUUUUAAUAUAUACUGGUCUUAAUUAACAAUAAAUAAUCAAUUUCACAAAAGCUGUCUUGGGGCCAUUUUCGUUUUUACGGUCCAAACUGUUGGACCAGUGUUGUUCCUUUAUGAAAUAAAGACGGACCUGGUGAUUUUAUAUUGUAGUAGGGACAAACACCUGUUUGUAGGUAUAAUUCAAAGAUUCAAGGACAAGCCAUCGUGAAUCAUGUAAACACAUUAAUACAUACAUAUAUAUGAUAUUUAUUAAAUGUAUACAAGCUUUGACAGUUGCAAUUAGUUAUAUUUCUACCUUCACUGGUUGUGUCUAGCUUUCUUUUAAAUUAUAUUUUGUAAAAAAAAAAACUAUUUUUAUUACCUACCUUGGGCAUUUUUUGGGUUGCUGCAGAUCUACAACUACAAUGUACUAAGAUUCAGUGACAAUUGAUCUUUCCUUUGUAAUCUCUAAUAGAUCAAAAUAAAGAAUUAUAUUUUCACUAUUAUAAUUAAUGAACUAACAUUUUGUCUAUUUUUCUCUCCUUGGACGUUGCCUAAAAUCCUGCUGAUGUUGUUUAUUUAUGUAUAUAUAGACCUUUCCUUUGGCAGCUUUUGUAGAUUUUAACUCUGCUGGUUUUCCACUUUCUGCUUCACUUUUUAUAAGAAUAUUACCUUAAGUAUUUCUCAGUGCCCAUAAUGAACAUAUUCUUUGUUUUUAACUGUUAUUUUAAAAGUAUUGUCAACAAUAUGAAUCUACUGCAUCUUUUCCUAUAUUUGAAAACUUUCUGUUUCAGUUCAGUUUUAGUUCUACAUGUAUAAUGCCAUGCACGUGCACAUUGUCGAUUUUUCAUUUGCCAAUUUUUUCAUUCAAUCACAUUAUAUCAUUGUAAAUUCCAUUAGUAUUUAAUAAGAAAGUAAUUUUCUUGAGAUAGAUAUAUAUUUUGUAUUGCCUAGUGAUCACUGUUUUAACUAAACGUUCUUCUGCUACUUCUGAACUGUGUCUUACCAAGUAAUUAUGAUAUCAUUUAGUACACUUCAGUGUAUAGGAGUAUUUUAUGUAUUAUGUAGGUAAUUUAAUUACAAGAAUGAUCAAGUAUAGUCAUACAUAGAUGAAAUCAAGCAAAUCCAAAUAUAUAGUUUAUUAUCUGUAGAGUACUGUAACCUGCAAAAUAUAAUAUAUAAUUAUGAAAACAAAUCACCAAACCAGUGCUUUGAUACUCACUGGAAUGUGUCAUAAAGUGUUGAAUGUAUUAACAAUUUAAGUUUCUUUCCAAGAUCUAGUCUUUGUAUUUUUGUUUUAGUUUCAAUUGACAAUUGGACAUGGGUUAUAUAAAUAAUUAAGUCUGAAAUUAAAACUUGUAUCUGACCCAGAUUUGACCAGUCUUCUCCUUUAAAGUUUUUAUAUUUGUAGUUAGUAUACAGAUUACACACUUUAAUGCAUGACCAUGAAACCAUUAACUUGUUACUAGUAUUAAGGAUCAUUUCCUACUAGCUAUAUUCAUUAACAAAUGACAGGACAUAUCUCAGUUUGGUGAACAUGUUUCUGUAUGUCUGUUCGGCAACACUAUGCUUCAUAACUUUCAAUUUUGAUGAAACUUUGCCAUUUUGUAAAAUAUACAAACAAAAACAAAAUCAGAAGAUUUACAGUGAUUUAAUUAUGAAUAGUCUUAUGCAGUAACUGAAAUAAAUUGUGCAUUCGGAUUUGGUGAAUUCUCUUUAAUAAUCUAAACAAAGGUAAUGGCUAUAUAAGUUCCAAGUUGAGAAAAUAUUUGACCCCUAAAAUAUGUUACUGUAAAAUUGAAUUGAUUUUUGAGGUGCAUUAAACCAAUCUGAAGAUCCCUUUAUCAUUAUAUUGACUAGUUGUUGCUCUUCUAGAACAUUAAAAUCUUUUAUUAUUUUUUUUUUUAAUACAUCAUCAUAUUGAUUGGUCAGGUUUUUAUUUCCCAACACCAAUCACAUAGCUUGUGAUAUUGUAUGCCUUCGAUUUUGACAUAAACAUGUGACAUAAUCCAAGGGGUGAAAAGGAGAGAAAGUGAACAUAACCUUCAAGUAUUGAGGAUGGUACACUAUAUCUCCUUCCUGUUCCUAAGAUCAAGAUAUACUGAUGUCAUAAAAUAAGAGUAGAUAUAUUUUAAAAUUAGAAUAUAAUUUAUUUUAAGUGUUGAAGAUUACUCUAUGAAAGAAAAGUAUUUUGAACUUUUAUAAUUCAACUUUCCUUCCUUGCUAGUUGAAAACAACAUAGUAUCUAUGAAAAGUCAUGUAUAAGCAUCAAACUCUUGCUGUCUGUUCAUAAAUACAUUCCCUGAAGUCGCCAAUGUAUUGGACUCUCUACCAAUACACUAGACAUUUUCCAUGGUAUCAUGUCAUGUGUGUAAAGUAUAGUGAAUAAAUUACAUUCUGUAUACAUUGUGAUAAAUAAAUAGUAAAAAUUGUUGCAAAUGGUUAUGUAUAUUCCUCUGCUUGUAUGUAAUUGUGUAUCGUUAUGUUAUAUGUGUGCAAAGAAUGAUAUGAUUUCUGUUAAUUUCAUAGUACAUUGCAAUUGUAUGUUUGUAUAAUCAUUAAACCAUGUGUCCAUUUAAACAAUAUAUCAUCUAUGUCUUUAUCACUGUACUGCACUAGUCCAACUAGCCAAGUCUUCCUAUCUUGCAAUACUUCACAACCACAUCAAAUAUUGCUUUUUUGUACUUGUUUCAUUUCUGACAGAUUUUAAUUUUUACUAGAAAUGUUAAUUUUCUUGUCUUUGUUGAAAGUUUGUGUUUUCAUUACAAGGAAAUUUGCUCAGAAACUGUGUUCAUUUUAAAGCAUUUUGUUGUGUAUACUGAAGUUUUGUGUAUAUGGAUAUAUGAAAACCCUUUCUCUGCAAAUACGCAUUCAGUACCAGGUAUGCCACUGCUAGAUUGUCAUAUUAUAAAAUCAUAUAAUGGAAAAAAAACUUUCACAAAUUAAUCCCACCAGUAUUAGACAAUCCUAAUGAUUUAUUUGAGAUUUUUUUUUCAAUCAAUAUUGUCCCAAGCUUGUUAAGUCUACAUGAGAACCUUUUUAAUUUGGCCAUAUUUCUUAAAAAAUCUUCACUUUUAAAAACAUUAUGUUGAUAUUUUUGUGAACUAGUUUUUAAUUUUACAAUAACUUUAAUUUGAGACUCAUUACUUUGUCAUAAAGUGUCUUAAUUAUUUUCAAUUAUAUAUCAUGAUUGAUUUUAUACCUAGCAGGAACAAGUUUGUCCAGCAGGGAUUACUCAAUAUUUCAGGAACCAUCCUAUCUGUAUUUGAAACCUCAUAACUCUUAAACCAUGGGUUGAAUUUCUCUUAGUUUGCCAUGAUGAAGGUACAUCAUAAUUAUGUAUUAGUGUAUGGAGAAAAAAAAUUACAAUUCAGUAGUUUUUGCCGGAGUUAUGGCCCUGACACUUACAGCUAUAUGUAGUUAAGCAUGGAGGGCUUUGCAAUUCAAUAAUAUCUAUUGGAGUUAUUGCCCUUUAAAUUCAGAAUUUUAGCUCCAGAAUCCAUGUACACUACGCAUAGGACAGAAAAUGUACCUCAUACAACACAUUCGGCCAAAGUUAUCAAAAUUGAAAAGUCAUGUACAGGUGUGCAUGUUUUGAAAGAAUCUUCAGUAAGUUGAUGUCAGGUAAAAAUAUUUUGAAAAAGACAUUAAGCUGAGGGUUCAUGUUUCUAAUUGACAUUUUUCUUGCCGUCACAGAAUUUGAUAAUGGAAAACAUUAAAUUAACUAGUGAGUGUUAGACCAAGAUUUCAAAGGUUCUUUUAUUCUACCACUCCUGUCCAACACCUGUCGGGAGUUUAUGUCCGUGUCAUUUUGUUAUUAGCACACGCACAUAAACCGUAUUUGUGCCGUCUUGUAUGCAAAAUACCAUAACUGUGAUUCAUGGAUUUGUCUGUUUAUCAAUUGUGAAUCAGAUUUUAAUUUAAAUGUGGAUUGUUAUUAAAUGACAAGGGUAUAUCAACUAAA